AUUGGUAAUAACAACUUUAUAAUGGGUCAACUCCAGUCGACAACUAAUGUUUGGCUAACAGUCAGUCCAUUGGUUGAUAAGACAGUCCAACGACAGCUGGAAAUUCAUUGGGAAAAUGCACCCGAAAAUAAUGAAAACGAUUGGUUGGGUAUCUAUACUACCGAUCCCCUGAACAGAACCCAACCCAUCACUAAAGUUAUGGUCGAUCAACGUAUAAAUGGUGAUAAUUUGACAAACAUACAGUUCCCCUAUUAUAACUUUACGACUAUCCCCGGUAAACUAACCCAACAGUGUCUGGGCUAUUAUGUUGCUUAUGUACACAACAAUAUGAUUUUGUCUAAAAAUUGUAUGAAAAACAAUCCGUUUUGGAUGCAAAAUAGUUUGCCGAUUAUAGGCGACCGACCACUGACCGAACUGGUCAUACCGGGUACUCACGAUGCGGGUAGUUAUGAAAAAUAUGAUCCUAAUAUAAAAGAUGAUUUAAAAAAUUUUGUCAUAACACAAGAUGAAUGUAUUUACAAUCAAUUGGUUUAUGGUAUCCGUUAUAUGGAUCUAAGGGUUGGCUAUCAUAAUGUUACCGAUAGUACGGAACGGCUAUGGAUUGUCCAUAGUUUGUAUCGUACAAACUUGACAGUAAGGUCACUGUGCCAGCAGAUCAGGGAGUUUUUGAUGGCGGCACCCCAUGAGAUAGUUUUGGUUGAUUUUCAUGCAUUUGUCAACGGGUUUGAAGAUGAAGAUGAUGAGGAUAUAUUGUGGUCAAGAUUUAGGGAAUGGUUUGAUUUAGUUAGCGAUGAGCUCAGGGAUCUGAUGAUACCGUUCAGUCUAGGCUAUAAUGUAUCCGUCAAUGAACUGAUCGGUCAAAACAAACGUGUAUUACUCGGUUUUGACAUGAGUUACGAUAAAUACCUGUCCAGCGGACUGUUGUGGCCUAACGUCAGGCACCAGUGGGCCGAUGCCGAUGACUUGGACGAGUUGGUCAAGUACUUUGACGAGACACUAUGCCAGGAGGACAGUAGGCAUACCUUGAGGUCAGCAAUGGCUGAACUAACACCUAAUAUCGAGGGUAUAAUCAAACAAAAAUAUAAAAGUCUACGAUCGUUGGCCCAGUUGACCAACAGUAGGUACGGCCAGUGGUUUGGCCAACGAUGGCCCGGCCAGUGUCUGAAUGUAGUGGCCAGUGAUUUUUUUCUCAGUACCAAUAUUGUUGAGCUGGCACUGGGCCUAAAUCAUAGGAACGGGUAGAUAGAUAU